AUGAGGCCGAACAGGUCUCCAGAGGAGAGCACUGAGGCAGAUGCUGGGACAAGAGAGUGGAAGCCCACGGCCAAAGAUGCUUUCAAAGACAUCUCCGUAUACUUCUCCAAGGAACAAUGGGAAGAGAUGGGAGAAUGGGAAAAAAUCCGAUAUAGGAAUAUGAAAAGAAACUACGAAGCGCUGAUUGCUAUAGGUUUCAAAGCCACUCGACCGGAUUUCAUGCAUCACCGCAGGCAGGUCAUCAAGCCCCAGGUAGAUGACACUGAGGAUUCUGAUGAAGAAUGGACACCAAGGCAGCAAGGUAAACCUUCUUCGAUGGCCUUCAGAGUGGAGCACAGUAAACACCAGAAGAGAAUGUCCAGGGCACCAUUAAGUAAGGAAUCUAGUUUGAAGGAAUUGCCAGGAGCAGCAAAAUCGCUAAAGACAAGUGGCUCCAAGCAGGCUCAGAAACCAGUGCCCCAUCACAGAAAAGCAAGAACCCCUGGACAGCACCCCAGACAUAAAGUCGAACUCAGAAGAAAGGAGACUGGAGUGAAGAGGUACUGUCUACGAGAAAGAAAGGGCCAUGUGUACCAAGAGGUCAGCGAGCCCCAGGAUGAUGACUACCUCUAUUGUGAGGAGUGUCAGAACUUCUUCAUCGACAGCUGUGCUGCCCAUGGGCCCCCAACCUUUGUAAAGGACUGUGCAGUGGAAAAGGGGCAUGCCAAUCGCUCAGCCCUCACUCUGCCCCCUGGGUUAAGCAUCAGACUGUCGGGCAUCCCUGACGCUGGGCUUGGAGUGUGGAACGAGGCAUCCGAUCUGCCGCUGGGUCUGCACUUUGGCCCCUAUGAGGGCCAGAUCACAGACGAUGAAGAGGCCGCCAACAGUGGAUAUGCCUGGCUGAUCACCAAAAGGAGGAACUGCUACGAGUAUGUGGAUGGAAAGGACACGUCUUGGGCCAACUGGAUGAGGUAUGUGAACUGUGCCCGCGACGACGAGGAGCAGAACCUGGUGGCCUUCCAGUAUCACGGGCAGAUCUUCUACCGAACCUGCCAGGUGGUCAGGCCGGGCUGUGAGCUGCUGGUCUGGUACGGGGACGAGUAUGGUCAGGACCUUGGCAUCAAGCGGAACAGCAGGGGGAAGAGUGAGCUCGCGACCGGGAGAGCAGAACCGAAGCCCAAGAUCCACCCAUGUGCCUCCUGCUCUCUGGCCUUCUCCAGUCAGAAAUUCCUCAGCCAACACAUCAAACGCAGUCACCCCUCUCAGACCCAUCUGGACUCCAGAUUCGACCUCAGGGGUCCAGUUCUCAGCCCUGCCCCCAGCAGCUGUAAGGAGCUCAGGAGGCUGAAGUCCGCCCGGCCACCAGAAGACACCAAGGGGAGACUGGGCCAUGGGGCGGGGGCGGAAGGUGCGAAGUCCAGGACUCGGGGCAACGGCCCUCAGUUCCCUCCAUGUGCCAGGCUUGUGAAGCGUCUCUACAUGAACCACGACAGCGGCCAGGCCCCACCUUUCACCAGGAUUGCCCUGCACGGGCACACAGAACACCAGCAGUCAUGGGACAGACAGCCAGCUGUCUCCGCUGCACGCUCCAUCCUGACCACGGCGGCCCUGUGGCUGUACCAGCCUCACCUGCGCGCGGCUCUGCUUGGCCUCAAUGGCUCAGGGACCCUGCGUGAGUCGAGGAAGGUGUUUGGCAACAUCAGCCACAAAGACACUAAAGAGGAGAAAGCCCACGGCAGGCGGGGCUGGGUGUUCCUGGGAGAGCAGAGGGGCCUUGGACACUCCAUGCUGGACCCCUGCCCCACCGGCUUCUCCUCCUUCUCGCUGGGCAUGCAGCUUUCACCUGCUGGGUGCCCACCAGUGAGGGACCACAAGACACCAAGCUGGGGUUGGCGAUGGGCGAGCUGGAUGCCAGGGAACCCGAGACCCUGCAGCAGGUCAGCGCACUGUGGACGAGGGCCGGCCUCACUGAACGGUUAG